GUGAGUGAGGGGCGGCAGGGAGGAGGCGCGCGCGCGCGGAGGUGGGGCGGCCGGCCGGCCGGCGGGGGAAAGAUGUUUGAGACUCUGCGCGAGCGGCUGCUGAGCGUGCAGCAGGACCUCACCUCGGGGUUGAAGACUUUGGGUGACAAAUCAAGAGAAGCAAAAAUAAGCAAGCAGAGGGCUGUUCAGUAUUUGCCAAAGUUUUCUGCUGGAUUGGAAUUGCUCAGCAGGUAUGAAGACACUUGGGCAGCCCUUCACAAAGGAGCUAAGGAAUGUGCAAAAGCUGGAGAGCUAGUGGAUAGCGAAGUUGUGAUGCUUUCUGCACACUGGGAGAAGAAGAGGAGUAGUCUAAUAGAGCUGCAGGAACAACUUCAGCAAAUUCCAGGGUUUUUAGGAGAUCUGGAGUCCAUGACAGCAAAUCUGGCCCAGCUAGAGGUGAACUUUAAGGAAAUGGAAAAUCAUCUGUUGCUGCUUGAAGACCUAUGUGGACAGUGUGAGUUGGAAAGGUACAAACAUAUGCAGACACUACAGCUGGAAAACUACAGGAAAACAAAAAGGAAAGAACUUGAAACCUUCAAAGCUGAGCUAGAUGCUGAGCAUGCCCAGAAGGUUUUGGAUAUGGAGCAUACCCAGCAGAUGAAGCUAAAGGAGCGUCAGAAGUUCUUUGAAGAAGCCUUCCAGCAGGAUAUGGAGCAAUACCUUUCUACAGGAUACCUGCAGAUAGCGGAGAGAAGAGAGCCAAUAGGAAGUAUGUCUUCCAUGGAGGUGAAUGUGGACAUGCUAGAACAGAUGGACCUGAUGGACAUGUCUGACCAAGAAGCACUGGAUGUCUUCUUGAACUCAGGAGGAGAGGACGAUAGCAUACUAUCUCCCAUGUUGGGGCCUGAAUCCAAAACCUGUCAGAAUGAAAUAAGCCUUCAGGUUCCAAGACAGUCUGAAUUAAGGCAAAAAUUGUCUUCAUCAUCAUCAAUCUGGACUGACUCUGCCAGCCAGGAUACCAGUGAAGUAGGAGAGUCUCCUGUUAUCCAGUCUGAUGAGGAGGAAGUUCAAGUGGAUACUGCCCUUGCUGCUGUAAAUAGUGAAAGAAAAGGUACUUCAGACGUCAGUGAUGAAAGUGACUCUCAGACUGUUUGAAUCCUAGCACCAUAUCCUCUAAGAAUGUUUGACUUUUACAUGAACAAAGCACUCCACCCAUGGUGUAGAAAUUAGUUAACUAAUCAUGAAAGCCAGAUCAUUAUUAGUCUAUAAUAUUGCCAGUCGUGGAUAUUUUUUUUAAUUGCCUAAACCACUCACUUUAUUAAAGUUUUGAGGGUUUUUGGAGCAGUCAAGCUUUGUAUAUACUGUGUAUAGAACUAACAGGGAGAUUGCAUACUUUGACUAAUCUUUAAAUUCCUUAACACUGAUCUCACAAUGUUCCUUAUCUGCAUGUUUGAGCUAUGUAGCUGAAUAUAGAAGAUUCACCUUACAUACUGCCUAAAACAUUGAUGCGGCAGCAUCCGCACCCCCACUGUUUUGAAUUUAUUGAGGAUAACUUUAGCUACAAAUGAAAUAAAUACUUACCAAGGGAUGGGAGUUGCACAUUGAAAUCUUACCCUUCUGCUGGAGCAGCCAUCUUAGCAUUGUUAUAAGCAUGCUCCUUUUUUUAAAUAAAGUAUUUCUAUCCCA